AUGGAACAGCGUAUACUGGCGCUUUCACAGGAGAAUCACCUACUGAAGUCUCGCUUGGAAUCCCGAACAGCAGCUGAAAGUCUGCUACAGACCGCCCGUUCGGACUUUCCCGCUCUUCCUCCACAGAGCAGCACGUACCGCCCCACGCCGUCAUCAUCGGUAUUUUCCGUUGGUUCGGCGUUUCAACCGUUUCACGCUCACAAAGAGUCCGUGAUUAUGAAGGCCGAGAGGAUCAGCCCAGAUUCGAGCAGCGAUCGCGUCGAACGCGUCAUUCAACGAGUUCCUUCGCCUCAACAACUUCAACAAGAACGAGCUCCCUCUCAAUCACUACUAGGUGCUCUACUUGCCACUCGCCGAACAUCGCCAGCAGUACCGCAGAGCAGGACCGAGCAUCACAGUCGUCUCGGCAGUCCUCCUAGGCUUUCUCCGUCCAAAUCUGACUGCGAGUCGAUUUCGUCGUCAGCCUCUCUCUCGCCUUCUCAGUCGAGCGAGGAUCAUCCGGAGUCGUCAGCGAUCAGACGAGCCCUUGAUGGGAACAGUUCCGACGACAAAAAGGAGCAGUACAUGGACCGGCGACGGCGGAAUAACGAGGCUGCCAAGCGUUGUCGGGCGAAUCGAAGAGCCGUUUUCGAGUACAGAAGUCGUCGUGUGCAG